AUGAAGGAGAAGGCCAAGAAUAAGGUUCAUCAAGACGCAAUUCAUCAAGAGACAAUAAGAAAGGAGCAAAGACAACAGACGCUUUACACUAAGUUCACCAUCAACCCACUCAAGAAACUGGUUGUCUUGUCAGACAAACCCACGGCCAGUAAACUGAAAGAGACGAUUGAAACGACUUCGGAGUUGAUCGAGGCUUUCCACUACGCACGACAAGUACCGACCAAGAAGUAUCCGGAGCCGCUGACUGAGAGUCACAUGAUAGGAUGGAGGACAGAGCCACUGAUUCCAUCGGACCGCUUUGACAGAAGGUUCAACUACCACCGACAGAGCACCGACGUCACCGCAGGUCUAGUCUUUUCUCCUGAACCCUCCUGA